AUGUCAAUUGAUUUUAAUCGGGAAUCACAAAAUUCCAUCGAACCCGACACUUCAUAUAUAUGUGAAAAUGGAACCUGUCCACGUCCCUGCGGAAGUUCUUGUUCGUACGACGUGAAUAAAGUAUACAGAGUAACGUCAAACAAAGAUGUGUAUGUGACCCUGGGAAAUACCACUGUCAUGGAGAUGUUCCAUGCUCUGAACGACGAUCAUUUGGGAACAGAGUAUGUUGCGUCCGUGUAUAUUGACGUCACAGGUCAAAGUUUUCUGGGAGUGGGUAACCCGUCUGACUCUGUCGUCACGGUGGAUAUUACGUUACCGGAAGUUAACAAUUACUCUCUGACAGAAUGUAACAAUAAAACCAUAACAUUUAGUCUUCAAAGUCUCGAAGCAAAGACAUUGGAUUUUCUGUGUGAUGUUACCGGGGCAUACAUUAAUUCCACAGGUAACAUCAUAGCUUACGUGGCAAGCUUCUCCUUGAUGGGACCAAGUAUGGGUUCUGAUCUUCAAUUCAUGGUGGAACAGCUAAUUCCAAUCAACCAUCUUGGGAAUUUCUAUAUCGUGGUGCCUUAUGGGGAAAAUUCAUAUGGUGAUGUUAUUUCUCUAGUUACCACACAAGAUGAUACAUUUGUUCAUAUCUCUGGAUACGAUUACGCUACAUUACCGAAUCGUUUUGACAACAUUCGAAGAAGAUUAGAAGGAAAGAAACCGGUUACCGUCAGAUCAUCUAAACCCGUUUCUGUAACACAAUUUGCAGUGGAUGCUGCCAACAAAAGCGCUAUGGUUAUCAAUGUUCCAGCGACUUUUAACACUGACGUCGUUUCCCUCAUGAUCGAACCGGGCGUCUUUUACAGCUUUAUGAAUAACACAAAAACGGCAUCAGAGGACGACAACGCCCCUCUUACAUAUUUCUACGCUAACAGAGCAAGGGACAAACCGAAUACAAAUGCAUUUGCCUGUACCAUAUACGAUGUCAGCGGAUACGAUUUCGGUGGUUCAUUCUGUGGAUUUUUACCAAGUGAACACAUUGUAAGUAUCUUUUAG